GACAUUUGUUCGCUGAGCCAUGGCCUAUUGGCGCGUUUGAGGCUUCGGCUCCCAAUAAUCUACCCCCAAAAGCCUCAUCCAGCUUGCCUUUUCUGAAAUGCAAAGGAGGCGCCAUGGCUUGCGUCCCGCCGCUGAACUGUCCGACGCUGCCUACCGGACUCUAGCUUUUGACAGUUACUUCUCGUCAUCUGCCCAGCCUCCCAUCUUUCUUUCCUCCCCAGCAUCAAUUGUUCUGUUGGAUACAGUCUCUUCUAUCGUGUUUCACAUAACACACUGUCCCGCCUACUCACGUCUUUGCAUUACGCGCCCUGGCCUCGCUCUCCUUCUCAUAGCGGCCAACAUCGCCAGCGCCAAUUGGACCAAUCUCAGACUCCAUCGAUUGCGGCUCAGGCUUCAAUUCAUCCGUAAGCCUCUGUUUCGGUCUCCAGGCGUCAAAUUUCUUCGGCUUCCUCGCCCAGAAUUAAUCCUCCGCGUCUCAUUCGAAAUUGACUGGCCUUUGCGCCCCUGGUCAGUAUCGCCAGAUCAUCGCUCUCGAUACCGGGUCCAGUUUCAUACUUGUCUUCAAACACACUACCUCUUUUCUACCAAUCACAUAAUCUUCCUUCUCUUCUAACAGCUUCCUGCCCCGGCGUCUUCAAGCAAACGUCCUGUAGACUAAAACAAUCCUACAGCUUCUCGGGCACGGCUCUCUAUUUUUGACAACAAUAUCUAGUCCUCUACGCAAAGCCCCAUGGCCAGUGCAAGGAAGUAGACGCACAUACAUCCCAACAACUGAUCCUCCGCCGCCUUUAUCUGCCCGGUUGACCCGGCAGCCCGGCCAUGGCAUCCACAACUCUUGUCACUUUCCUGUUGUACGU